AUGCAUCGGGGAAGGGCCAGUCCGCGGGCUGGCCGUGGGCCUACAAAAAAAUACUGUGAAAUAAGGCCGGUGGAGAAGCCCAGGAGGAAUGAUAAAAAAGGAAAGCCUAGAGGGACGAAAUCUGGCCCGCCUCAUCAGAAAAAAAAGGGAGGGCGAAAUCCCCACUCUCUGUCACGAUCCCCGCCGCUGCCUCUCAUCCUCGCCGCCACGCCGCCGAUGCCCGACGCCGAUGAGGUGGAGGGCGCCCGAAAGCUGGCGCGCGGGGCCUUCGCGAAGCUCUCUCAGUACGAGCCCGCAGCGUCCUCCUCGCCGCCCUCCGCUCCCACGGCUCACCUUCCUCAGCUCCUCAGCUGCUGCUUCCAGUUGCUGCGUCGCCUGGACCACGCCGACCCCGGCCUGGCUGCCAGAUGCGUCAGCCUCCUCCGUGCCUUCAUCCACAGCAUCCCCUCCCGUGACCCCGACGCCUCCUUGGCCCCCGCCCUCGAGGUGUGCCUUCAGAAUUUUGUGGAUAUAAGCCAACUGAGGAAUUGCACCAUGCUCAAUUAUGCCAUACAGGAAGUGCCAAAGGACCCUACCAUGGCAAUAUCAUUCCAGUAUGAGCUCCGUGUCCAGCUGGAGCUCAUGUCCCACCAUUUCAUUUCAUCGGUGCAAGAUGAGGCGGAAUUUGAGCACUUCUUUAGUGCACUCUCUUGGUCUGAGAAGGCGACGCAGCGCACUCCAGAACUUGGCUUGGCUGGAGCUAUCUCCCUAGUCCGAAAGAGCUACUGGUUUUCUAUGCCUGUUAUUGCACAAGCUCAUUUUGUAUUGCUUGCGUCCAGAUGCGUUGGCAAUGGGGAUCUGAACCUGCAUUUGCAAGUGUUUGAGAAUGCCAUGCAUGCUUAUUUGAUAUACUUGCCAGACUUGGGUGUUUUUCACAGAACUAAUGCUGUGAAAAGCCUCUUCAGUCGCUUCGCCAACAUGAAACUUCUUAACUCUUGUAUCCAAGACGCAACUAAUCAGAAGCUAAAUUGUCAGGUCAAUAGGCUGCUUUUGUUCUGCAAGGUGCACUGUGAUGAUGGCUGGCAUGUCAAAGAGAGGAAUACCUUUGAUAUUCUUGUGAGCUUCAUUGAGGAGAACCAGCAUAUCUUUCCGGAACAAUCAAGGCAGGAAGCUGUUAUUGUUGUGAACAAAAUAGUGUCAAAUAUCCUGGAUUGUACUAAGCAGAAGGAGACACAUGAAUCGGAUGCUAACGCUUCAGAGGAGAUGAUCUACCUUGCUGCUGUACUUAGGCUAAUGGGUUCCUCUUUUCUAGAGGUUCUUCGCUCUAUUAGGGAAAUGAGGGCUGCAGGUGACAGGCAUCAUGAAAAUCAUAUAUUACUUCGCAUAUCUGAAACCAUCGGCUUACUUGGGCAAUAUGAAGCUAAUGGACUUAACAUACAUGACUUAUUUGGUAUGGCUGAGAAGUCUGUUGACAAGGAAAACACCUCAGUGCAGAUGCUUUUUCAUUUUGCUAGCCUAUUUGCCUUAUGUUUAAGAAUGAGGUUUGGUUUUCUGUGGAAAGCUUGCAUUGUCAUGAUCAUGAUGGCCAUGAAUCUUGUGAUUGAUGAAGAUAGAAGUCUGAGUGCAUUUCAGUUUCUUAUUGCUUCAAAAGAGCUUGCAAUCUAUUCAAUUGACCAAGAGGAUAGUUUGAAGGGUUCUGCCUGUAGAAAAUCUUCUACAUCAAUAGCUUUGCAGUACACUAACGUGCAUAAACGUUGUAUUCAAGAUGAGGCGCGGCCUGAUUGUGUUGAGGACAGCAGGGGUAAAACUGUAGACGGAACGGCCUUUUUCGAGUCCAUUCUGGGAAACAAGAACUCCUCCGAGUGGGGUGAUUUGGUGGAUUAUGUUGAAUGCGAAGAUGGCGUGGAUUAUGCAAGUUGGCUGACGCAGCACAGGAAAUUCAAGGAGUUUAGGGAUGCCAAAUGGAUGAGCAGCAAGCGACCCAGCGUGGACAUGUCAGAGAUAAAGAGAGAAUACGGUGCCAGUAAAAGUAAAAGACUGAAGAAGAAGGCUUCGCGGUGA